GGAAGAUUUGCUCUAAACGUUAGAAUAUCGACAGUACGGCUCCCGCUAGAAUGAUUAUGAGACUUCAGGCUUCCAGAUGUUGCGCGUAAUGUCCACCAAGAACUUUUAGCUUUAUCAUUUACGACCGUUCUAUAUGCAUGAUUCGUUUUUAUCUCCUCCAUAAUGCAGUCCAUAUUCCCACUUUUUCGUCUCCUGUUGGCACUUGACUUGCUAAACUUAGUAGUCGCCUCUGAAGCCCAACGACCGAUCUACGCUAUCGCACAUCGAGUCCUGCGAAAAGAAGCAGUCACGGCCGCGCUUUCUCAUGGUGCGAAUGCAUUAGAAGUUGAUUUAACGGCCUGGUACUUCGACUGGUGGGCAGACCACGACGGAAAGCUGUUCAGUGCUGGCUCUACAGCACGCGAACUGUUCCAAUUCAUCGCACAGCAACGGUGGAUAAACAAUUACAAUAUCUCCUUCGUCUGGCUGGAUAUCAAAAACCCUGAUUUCUGCCAAAGGCAUCGACGCUGCUCUAUCGAAGCCUUGCGUGAUCUAGCUCGAGAAACUCUCGAACCUGCAGGUAUACGGGUGCUUUAUGGCUUUUUCCAAACAGCGGAGAGUCGCGGGUUUAAAGUGAUCAGAGACGGGUUGAACCCGAAUGAAGCGAUUGUGUUGAGUGGUGAGACGAACACUAUUUUGCAUUUGUACAACAGCACCGGAAGUGGUAUACCAGUGCCGCAGAUGGUUAUGGAUUUCGGUGAUUCGUGGCUUAGGAAAGGGGUCGACCUCUACCCAGAGCUUCGGUAUGGAAGUUGGGAGCGCGACCAAGGGAAACUUGGAAAGGUCUUUAGCUGGACUAGUGCGCAGGGUGAUACUGAAAUGGUGAAGUAUCUACUUCGCGAGGCUGGCAUUGAUGGGCUCAUAUAUGGAUAUCAGACUGAUGAGUAUAACGAUAUGAGUGGCCCGAAGUCUGCUCUGAAGGAUAUUGUGGACUUUGUUGAGACUCAUUCAGAUACCCAUAGGAUGGCCACACAGGAUGAUGCUCCUUGGUAAUCGAAAAAGUAUUAUGUAUCUUCUCCCCCUGUUUCAUUGUUUUUAUGUAGUUUCUCACGUCAAUGAAGGAAUGAUUUACUCAACAUCA